ACCGUCGCGCAACAUAUUACGGAUAAGUGCACAACUCGUUUGGGGAAUCGCGCUUUGGUACAGCUGGAUUUCAUUGAUUGCAUGAAUUUGAAGUGAAAUAUUUGGAUUAUUUCAAAGUUGCUUGUGCAGUGUUUAUGAAAACAACAAAUAAAUAUUAUUUACAUUUGUGAACUAAUAUUUAUUGGAAAGUUAUAUCGAACGAAAGUUUCGAGCAAACGUUUGAAAAAAUAAACGAAAAACAAAAUACAUAUCCAAUAAAGAAAGGAUAACAAACAUCAUAAGUGAUUUUUAUUGGUGAUUUCAUCAUUACGGCAAGUGAAAAAUAGUUCUUUUUUGAAAAGGCAAAAAAUUCGAAACGAGCGGAUGCUGUGUGUCGUGGAAGUCUGCAGGAUAUGCAAUUGAAUUUGGAUAAAAUUUGACUGAAUAUAUUUUCCAUAAAACCGACGUACGAACUCAAGAGACUUGCGAAACCCGCCAAAUUUUAACUCAACUCGCACCAAAUCACCUACAAACAACCCUCGUUUAGAUAUUUAUAAAAAAUCGGCAGCAUAAGCACCGAUAACACACAGAAAGAUCAGCGAACAGCAGCACAAAGAAUGGGCGAGUUGGAAGAGAAGGAGACAGGACCAUCAGAAACUACACCACAACAAGAGGCAGUUGACGAACCGAAAGAGACCGACAAAAUGCUCGACAAAAAAGAGGAUGCCGAUGGCGCUGAGCAGCAAACAGAAAAUGUCGGCGCAAAAGACAAGAAUCCAAGUCCAAACACGGAGAAGAAAAAGGCUGCCAACUCAAAACCAACAACGCCAACACCCAGUACUAAAAAGUCGCCAACUCAAUCGGUGGAAAAACUGUCCGCUGGCAAUGAUGCUGAAGCACAGCCUGUGAAGGCGAAUGGUGGUAGUGGUGAGGAGAUAAUUGACAUACCGGACGCCGCUAAGACUGAAGAGGGCGAUGAGAAGAAGAUCUCCACUGAAGAUCGUGAGGUCAAACCGAUGAAGAUACCGAUUGGUGGCUUGAAAUUGCCCGGUUUCUUUAUGAAAAACAAACCCAAGGCUGAUGGUGACGGCGCUGAUGGCGAACUUUUGGAGCGCGAAAAUAAAGAUGAAGUGCCAACCGAAGCGGCAAACGGCGAGGGCAAACCGAAGAAAGAGGAAAAGCCGCGUAGUAAUUUUGGUGAGCGCUUGCGCAACUUUUUCGUGCGCAAACCGGCAGCCGAAAAGCAACAGAACAAACAAACAGCAAAUGGCGAUGCCGAUGCGAAGAGUGAAGCUACCGCUGAGGCAGCAGCUGCCGAUGGUGAGACAAACAAUGCAUCGGAUGCGGUACCACAGAAACGCGGUCUUUUGAAUGCCAUCAAAUUGCCGAUUGCCAAUAUGAUACCGAGAAAGCGGACGGAUGACGAUGUGGAACUGGGUAUGGGCAAAGCAGGACUCGCCUCAAUGGAGACGCUCGAUGACUCGUUGAAAGAUCAAGAUUGUGUUGAUAAAGCGCCUGCUAAGAACAAUGGCACCGAAGAUCCUGUGAAACUGAAGAAGACCCCAAGUGGUGAAAUUAAACUGGAGGGAACGGAAGAGAAAUCUCCCGAGGAGCCUGAAGCACCAAUUUCUUUCGCCGAACGCUUGCUUUCGUACCGCUGUUCCCCGGAUGAUGGUCUGAUCGUGCUCGGUGUUCUGCUUUUCAUCGUGCUCAUUGGUGUGAUCGGCUAUGUUCUUUCGUUGGAGACACUCACCUCACCGCCAGUACGUGAGGGACGUUUCAUGGACGCCGUUACUGGUUGUGGCAUGGUUGAGGGACUCCAAGAGGAUGGCGCGUUCGCAUUCCGUGGCAUACCAUAUGCCCUACCACCCGUAAACGAACAACGUUGGCGUCCUGCGCAGCCGAUUGGCGGCAUCGAUGAUUGCUGGAAUGGUACCCUGAAAGCGCACAAUGUGAGCAAUUACUGCACACAAAGAUUGGGCAACGGUACGAUUGUGGGCGAUGAAGACUGUCUGUACUUAGACGUUGUGACGCCACAUGUGCGUUACAACAGUCCAGUACCGGUUAUUGUGUUGAUCGGUGCCGAGACAUUAACUGGCCCAUCACCUGGUGUUCUCCGACCAUCGGCACGCUAUUCACGCUCACAUGACGUUGUGUUUGUGCGUCCGAACUUCCGUUUGGGUGCAUUUGGUUUCCUUGCAUUGGACGCGCUCACCAAAGACGCCUAUCCACGUACUUCGGGCAACUAUGCACUCUCCGACAUCAUUGCCGCGCUAAAGUGGGUUCAACUGAACAUCGCGCAUUUCGGUGGUGAUCCCAAAGCUGUGACUUUACUUGGUCAUCGCGCUGGUGGUACGCUUGUUUCCGCACUUGUAACCUCUAACAAGAUCGAAGGUCUUUACAAGAACGCUUGGGUUUCAUCUUCGUCGGCCAUUUUCCCUGGCAAGCCUUUGGAGGAGUCGGAAAAGCGCAAUGAACAAUUUGCGAAGUCAUUAGAUUGCGCCGACAUCAAUUGCUUACGCAGCUCAACGACCGAGCAAAUUUGGGCCGCCACACCAGACACCUGGUUGCACUUCCCUGCAGACAUACCAACCACAGACGAAAAUCCCAGUACGCAUCAUGAAUGGCUUGUGUUGGAUGGCAGCUUCCUGCAACGUCACCCCGCCGACGCCUGGAAAGAAGAACAUACUGGCCAACCGAAACUCGUCAUGGGCACAACAGCGCAUGAAGCACACAGCGAGCAGCUGCGUCAACGCCACGCCAACUGGACUGCCGAAGAGGUACGCGCAUUCAUUGCCGCCUCGAAAAUUGGCGCACUCAAUCUAACCGACGAAGCCAUACGACUCUACAACGCGACAAACUACCGCAACUUAAUCGCCAUGAUUACCGACAUACGCACCAUCUGCCCGCUCUUGACCAAUGCACGUCUGCAACCAUCUGUGCCGUUCUAUGUGGUGCAGCAAGGUGAGGGUGAGAAUCAGUUGGCCACCGUCGAUACAGACGUGCUCGCCAUACUCGGGCGCUACGAGCCGCAUACAGCCGAGCAGCGACGAUUCAUGUCGUCCAUGCAACAGCUGUUCUACUACUACAUCUCACACGGAACCGUACCUCAAUAUGACCCAAGUCGACGAGUGCUGAAUAUCGCGCAGGACCCUUUGCCACAGCAAGAUCACCCGAACUGUAAUUUCUGGAUUAGCCACGAUAUUGUGCCGCGCUAUGCACGUGUCGACUAAGCGGGUCGACCAAAGAGCGGAGUGACGAGUAACGAAGUAUAAGCCGAUGUGUUAAGUGAACGAGUAGCAGUGUGCGUGGCUGUGGACUUAGAGCGAAAUAAAUGAUGCGACAGCAGCAAGAGAAAAUGGGAGCCGUGCAGAGUCUAGCGUAGCAACGCAUCGACGUUUCAUACACAGACUUACACACACAUACACACAUAAACGAAUGCAUUUAUACGAACUAAACAAGUUGAAUGACAAGCAGCAGCUCCCAAACAACCCACAACAACCAUAUAAAGUAUAAAGAAAAGACGGACACUCAUAGGCGUGCAUGGGAAGAAUCUAAAAACACAGUGAAAGGUAUAUGUUGCGUGGCGCAUGUUUUCUCUGGCGCUUUAUAUACCGACUUUAUAUGAAAUUUUUACAACAAUUUCUUCUUUUUAUACAAUUUUUUUUACUCAAAACAAAAACAAAGAAAAGAAUGCGGAAGUUUGUUUGUUUUUUAGUUUUUUUUAUGCGUAAAUAAUAUGAAUUAUUAAUUAUUGAGAAUUAAUAAAAACACUUAGUGGCUAAGCAAUGCUAGUUUUUAUAUGUAAAUUUAAUUUAAAUAAUAAAUGAAAUUAAAUUAAGAGUUAAUAAAAUUAAAUUUAUUUUUAAAUUUAAACGAAAUCAUUUGCAGCGAACGCGGUUUCUAAAUUCAUUGAUUCGAAUCUUUGUGGCGACACUACCACAUACAUAAAUUUAAAGUAUGAUUUUUAUACAAUACAUACAUAUGUGUAAGUCCGUAUUUUAUGUAAAUUUAGCGUAAACACCAACACAAAACAUAAACAUACACACACAAACUCACUCAUAUACAUACAAAAUGCAAAUACGAAUAAAUUAAAAUAAAAAUGUGUAAAAAUUACUUGAGAAGUGAAAAACCAAAACAAACAUGCAUUUUCUUAUUUCCUCCCUCAACACACACACACACACAUACUUGCACAAACAGUUUGAAUACUUUUUGAAUAUGUACAUAUAUAUGUAUGUAUGUUUAAUGUGUAAGCUUUAAGUGCAAAAGUUCGACUUAUGCACCCGCAGUUCGACUUACGCCUGUCGGAUUUGAAUUUGGGUUCUCGAGCAUCACAUAUCGAUUUCCUCAACUCCAUCCCUAGCUCUCGUUUUUACUUUAUGUGCUUUUAGUUUCCAAAACUACACUGGCUGCUGCGGUUCUGACGCUCGACCAUGGACCUACAUAUUUCCAUAGAGUGAUUAUGAGACGUAACCGAAACCAAUGAAAGUGGUCAUAAUUGAGAUUAGCCAUUUUAUAAUGAACGCCGAUCUCAGUAAAAAUGGUUACUAACCAAAUGCCCAGUUUUUUCACUAAAUUUGUUCCUUAAUUGUAGUAUUUGUGUGUGUUCACAGUUUUAUUGGAAUUAAUUCUUAAAUGACCAUUUUAGUCCUCAGACGGCAGUUAAUGUCAGCAGCAUAAGUCAAAAUAUCCUCUGAUCGAACAUUGACGUUUAUGCCUUUUCACCACACACACAUACACAUGCAAUGUACUGGCCGUCAUCAUCGCAAGCACCACAAACCCAACAGAUUUCAUUUCAUUGUACAACACAUACAAGUCCAUGAAUUUAAUUCUAAUUAAGUGUAAGUAUACAACAAAAACAUAUUCGGUAUAUAGAAGUGAUCCAAGCGGAAUUUCACACCUAACAGAAAUAAGUGUAAUUUUGAGACUGUAUUUGACACGAAUUUAAAUUAAAAACAUUUUUGCUAUUUUAAGAAAUGUCAGUACCUUUUUUUGAACGAAAUAAUAGAUUUCCAUCAUUUGUGUACUAAAUAAAUUCAAUUCAAAAAUAAUUAUAUUUAAGUGCUUUGUGAGUCUGUAUUUAUACAUAUAUGUAAGUAUAUAUGUAUACAAGUGUGUAAGCAAAUAUUCAGUAAAAAAUAUACAUCUCCAAAAUCUCAUUAGUAUGUAUAGCGCAUACAUAUGUACAUAUAUACAUUUGAUCGAAGUAUCCCUCAAUCCUUUCUAGCUUUAGUAGAUACAUAUACUCUCAAAACUAUUCGCCUAGCAUGAAAAAAACAAAUUCUAUUUGUAAAAAAUAAAAAUAAAAAUAAAAAUUUGUUAUAUUUGUAUGCAUAUUUGCUUGUAUUGCAGAAAUAAAUGGUAUAGAUAAAAGAAAACAUAUUAAUUAGUA